AUCGGAUCCUUUGACAGCGGUGUAGAAUGUCGGAGCAGCUUCCGCCGGAUGGAGAGGGCGCCGUGGGACGGAGGGGUGCCAAUCACCAAUCACCGACCAGCGUCGCCGGUGUAAAAUGGCGGACCGUGCCAAUCCAGCGGACGGCUGGAGUUGCUUCAGCGCCAGAGGCCUUUGGGCGGUGGGAGGAGCAUCCUGUAUAAAAAGUCGGAUGCUCGCCAAAGUUCCUCAGAAGAGCCCGUUGACAACGCCUGGAGUGGCGCUCAUACUGCAUGCCUAACGCCGUUCAACGAGUCUUGCCGCAGCAUCCGAAAAUGGACCGCAAUUCCUUCCAAGGAUAUUACGAUGCCAUCGGACGGGAGCUGAGGUCCCGCGGCUUCGGCGACAAGUGCCGAUUCUGUGCAAAUAACGGCGAACUGUGGUUCGUCUCCACGAGCCACAAGCUAAAGGACGAACAAGGCCGCACCAGAUGCCCCAUACUGCAGGCCUAUACUUGCCCGAAAUGCCGGGCAUGCGGGCUCAACGCCCACACGAAAAAGUACUGUCCAACGAACAGGCGAUAGGCGUUGGGUGCGAACCUAUGUGUGAACCUACGAACAUGUGAGAAAGUUUGGAAGGUAUUGUAUGUAUGCCGAGAGGGCACUGUCGUUCAGUGAAUGUUUAUAUGGAGUGCGAAUAAAUGAGUUAUUGCUCA